UCUUUCAUUUUGGAGAAGCAGACCAAGAGAUAGUGGGAUUAAAAUGAAGACUGCUUUUGUUCUUGUUUUGAUCCUCCUAACCAGUUUUGUUGAUGCCUCGCCAAUACUGCCGGAAAAACAAGCCAAACAGAUUUUGAGAACCCGCCGUGAAACAAGAAAACCUGGCUACCCCGAUGAACCAAUUAGGGAGUACAUGCUUUACCUCCAACGCUUGGAGCAGAGAUCUGAAGAACAAUUCCUUGAGCACUGGCUGAAUCCACACUGCUACCCACAUUGCGACAGGAAUUUAGUAUACCCUGUGUAA